AUGAAGCGGAAUAAGAAGCGUCGCGAGCGCGAACGCGCGUCCGAGGACGCGGACCCGUCGACCGCUGGUCUCGCGCGCGCCGCCGUCGACGUCGCGAGUGACUCGGAGGAUGAAUUCGCGGCGAGCGAGUUUUCGGAAAAGCGCGCGCGGGCGACGGUGAAAGGGAGCGGAUACGUCGUCGAGGGCGGCGCGGGCGCGCGCGUGGAGCACACCGGGAUAAAUAAGAGUGAAAAGACGCUGGUGCUGGCGUCUCGGGGGACGACGUCGAGGUACAGACACUUGAUGCUGGACCUGACGACGCUGGUGCCGAACGCAAAGCGAGACGCGAAGAUGGAUACGAAGAAUGAACGGAGCGCGGUGGUGGAAGCGGCGGAUCUGCGAGGAUGUACGUCGGCGAUGUUUUUUGAGUGCAGAAAGAGACAGGAUUGUUACAUGUGGUUGGCGAAGACGCCGAGUGGACCGUCGAUUAAGUUUCACGUGGAGAACGUGCACACGAUGGCGGAGCUGAAGAUGACUGGGAACCACUUAAAGUUUAGCAGACCGUCCCUGCACUUCGCGCCGGCGUUCGAUGACGAGCCGCACCGGAGAUUGAUCAAGGAAGCGUUGAUUCAGACGUUCGCGACGCCGUAUAGACACUUCAAGAGCAAGCCAUUUUACGACCAUCAGUUGUGCUUUUAUUGGGAGGACGGACGCGUGUGGUUCCGAAACUACCAAGUCGUGCACCCGGCGGGGAAGGAGGCGCGACAGACCGGCCUGACGCUCUCUGAGACCGGACCACGAUUGUGCUUGCACCCGAUAAAGAUCUUCGCCGGCGCGUUCGCCGGCGCCGUGCUCUUCGAGGACGAAUCCUUCGUCUCUCCCAACAUCCGUCGCGCCGAGGAGAAGAAGAAGGAUGUCGAGCGGUAUCAGAAAAAGGUUCAAAAGAAACAGGCUCGCAAGGCGCACAAGUCCAUGAACGCCCUGAAAGCUGGUGAGCUCGACGAUUUAUUUCGCGAGGGCGACGAUUAG